AUGUCGUUUUAUUCCACAAACAUAUAUUGAGAAAUACUGUUUAUAUUAUAAUAUACAAACGUGUCGUUUUAGUUAAUAAUUUAUUUAUAGACAAAAUGGGUUGUUUCUAUUCUAGAGAACCAAUCGAUGAGGUCAACUUAAUGUACGACAUGGCACCCAUAAGGCAUCUACCGGUCAUCUUUGUUAACGGGGUGCCCGGAGCGGGUAACCAGACGGUGGCGCAGACGAUAUCCAAUAUAACCGGGUACACGAUGAUUAGGCCAGGGGAGCUGGUGAGGGCCGAAGCGGAGAAAGACACGGCGAGAGGACGUCUCAUUGCUGACAAGUUACAAGCUAAGGAGGAUAUACCAGAGCAAUUAACAGUAGAUAUGAUUAAAGAGUCGAUGCUACAGCAUCAGGACUCCAAUGGUUUUAUCCUGGUAGGAUUCCCGAAGAAUCCUCGGAUGUCGAACAUCUUCAACAGGCAAGUUAAGUGGCCAGAAAAGGUUGUCGCACUGGAGGUCGAUAAUGAGUUGGCAGCAACGAGGUUACAAAGCAAACUGUCGGAGCUGGGCCGGCCCGAGUCGGAGAUCAACUCGGCGAGGAAGAUAGUCCGGGAGGCUGCGCACAAGGUUAAGAACGUUCACAAACGGUUCGGUGGACAUGUUGUCACGCUGGACAGCAGCGAUAACCCGAAGGCCUUGGCGACAGCACUCAAAGAGAUCCUCUCGGACACGAUAGAGAAGGGAAAGAGGUCACAAGCAGCAGAACUUCAACCACCUGCCGCAGCAUCAGCCCCAGCGGUCUUCAGCAAUUUGCCCCUUCCAGAUACUGCACCCCCUAUUGAUUUACCCACUUACGAAACAGUAACAGCAUGUAUUUUACCAGUAGACUUGUGUACAGAAGAACUGUAGUGGUUUACCAAUAGUGUUAUAGUUAUUGACCGCGUAACUAACAUUGCUAAAUACCAUUUGACACUGUUAAAUAUUGCAUUAUUAACGCUUAAAAUACCACGUCACAAACACGGUAGAAUACUGUGAAACUUGCACUAUCAAAUACCGCGUAACUAGCACUGAUAAUGUGCGGAAGUUAAGUUUUGAUAUUUUUUUUAAGGACGUUAAGAAAUAUAAAUUAAAACAACUAAUAAGCUAAGUUAUGCUCAAAUUGGUGUUUUCGGAACCUCAAGUGUUCUACUUUAAUUUAAGUAACGGCACGCUGUAUUUCCAUCACUAUUAUUUCCUGCUAAUUUCGACUCAGCUAUCAGUGUGAUGCACUGCCUUAAAUGCAAAUAUUCCUAGGAAUAACAAACAAAUAACAAACUACUAGUAGUUUGUUUACAAAACCUGUCAUUAUCAGUAUUACUGCAGCGGCGUGCAUAGAGGGUAUGCACAGGGUAUGCAGAUGAGG